AUGGAGGAUAUUUACCAAAACGACGAAUACAUGACGACAACUGCCAGCUAUAUAACCACAAGAGCCGCAGAAAGUGCUGAACUCACUGAAGGCCCUGAACAAUCUACAACAUCGCCUACAUUUAUAGGUAUUGCUACGAAUACACCAGCAACCGAUAUGCUCAACGACGUCGCAUUUGUUGAGACUACCACCGUCACCCCUACUCAGCAGUUACCAAAAAAGGUAACAACAAAACUGCUACUUGUACCAAAAGCAAUAGCGCCAACCAAACUGACAUUAUUGCCAACGAUUGCUGCAAAAGAUUUUGUGCAACCAAAACUUGCGACCAUAAUGAAAUGGAAAAAUCAGACUCAGUCAGUGGCACAACAAAAUGAAAUUGUCACAAACGAGCGAAGCACAUGGAGGAGCAGUUCAAAUGAACAUGUCGCCGACAACACGAAGGUAGCCGCUGCGAAGAACUCAAAUGAAGUGCAUGACACAUUUGAGGUGUCGCAGUUCCAAGGCGCUGAGAACAGCAACGAGACAGCGAUGUAUGAUGAAGAAGACAAUACAACACUAACCAUUUUGGAUGCCAGUAGAAGUAAAGCGGAAGACCAAGAUUUCAACUGGUUGACCAGUAAUUUUUCGCAAGAGCCCAAUCAGUUGGCAAGCACGAGUGUCGUUGGGGGUGGCAUGGAUCCACAGCAAUCUUUCGAGAUUGAAGAAAUCAAUUUCGAAAAUGUUGUGCUGGAAAAUACGGACGACAUCACAAUGGACGAUGGUCAUAUGGAUAACCGCAAUGCACACGGUUUUCCAGUGAGCAAUUCGGCUGAUGUGAGUGCGGAUCUAAAUGGCGGCGAAGAGGACGGUAACGAAACUGAUAACGGUGAAGACGACGAAACGAAUCGGUUUUUGGCCGGCGUGGUUGAUGCGGCGAACGAAGAUGAGAUCUACGAUUGGGACGAGAUAUCGCGUAAUAAUCGGCGUAACUUGAUGCGCGGUCGUGAUGUCGUAACGAAGUUUCUGCAAAUCGUCGAAACACAACAUUUACUCGGCGCCAAUUGUGAAGCGGGUACGUCAUUAAAUUUAGGCGAAGGCGUGGUCGAUCGUUAUGCGCAGGAUCGUUUUCGGGUUGAAGCCGAGGUGGCAGUGAAUCGGGCCAACAUGUUGACCAGAAUUUUCAAGAUGACUGCGCCGGCCGCGCAAGCCGAUGUUAAUCUGCUGCACGCCUCCGUGCUUUCGAUGGUCGAAUUUGACGACGACAUCUUCGCCGCCGGCAAUUGCUUCGACUGGAAUGAGCAUCCAUCGCAGUCUGGACUUUUCUGCCCGUUCGCCUAUCGCCUGCCCGCGCCACAUCUGGGCGCAAUCCUUGCCAAGGACCUCUCCAUGGAAUACCAUUAUCUGGGCAAUACGUCCGAAUGGUUCUUUCAAGCGCGAAAAAACGCCGAAAAAGUGAUUAUCCGCAACGAACAGUAUCUAAAAUCUUUCCAUUUAUACUCGAACAAAACAGAGGAGCGCAUUGAGGACGAUACCUUAGCUGUGAAAUACGAAGAUGGGCGCUGGUCCAAGCCUUACUACGACUGCGGGGGCGGUAACAUUUGGAUGUUGACAUACACGGUACCGUUCUUCGGCUAUGAAAAUGGAACAUAUCAUUUCAAAGGCACAUCGGGCAUCGAUAUCGAUUUGAGGCGCGUGGAUAUCGAUCAAUGUCCGCAGCGCAACUCGCCGGGCACCACUCAACCCCUGAACAUAUUCGCCGGCACCGACAAAUGUAAACAGCGCACAACAAUGUGUGAAGCUCUAAAGGGAUUGGGCUUUCGUCGCGGUUCAUAUAAAUGUGUUUGUCGCAAGGGGUACUACUUUCCAGACACCAUGUCUUCGCAAAAGUUCUUCAAUGGCAGCCUAUUGGAAGAGGAGUAUGAAAAGCUAAUGCUGGGCAGAAACUCCACAUACAACAUAAUCAAUGAGUACGAGUGCCUGCCGUGCGCCGAGGGCUGUGAUUACUGCGAAGACGGCUCACCUUGCAUUGCAGCGCUCAAUUGGCCGAUGCGGACGAGUAUUUUGGUGUUGGCUUGCACCGUUAUCGGUUUGCUGCCACCGGCCGCGUGGUUCACAUUUCGCUAUCAACAAGUGAAGGUCGUUCGUGCCGCCAGCCCGGCUCUGUUGCGCGUCAUUGCGCUGGGCGCUUUCUUCAUCUACUGCACAAACAUCGUCAUGUACCCCAAUCCGAAUCUGUACACCUGCACAGCACGAAUUUGGCUACGUGAAAUUGGCUUUUCACUGACAUAUGGCGCUUUGAUGUUGAAAACGUGGCGCAUUUCGGUGAUAUUUCGUGUGCGUUCAGCAAAAGCGGUGAAAAUCACAGACGCAGCACUACUGAAGCGGCUCGGCAUUAUUUGCGGUGUCAUUGGAACGUGCCUGCUGGUGCGUACUUUGGUUGCACCGCCCGAUGUUGUGGUUGGCCGCACCGCUGAUGAUCUGAAAGCAUUUUUAUGCAAAACGGAUUACUGGGAUUACACUUUCACAUCGAUGGAGGUGCUAUUUCUCGCCUGGGGCGUGCGUCUUUGUAUUAUGGUGCGGAAAGCGCCAUCCGAAUUCAAUGAGAGCCGCUUCAUCUCCAUGGCCAUCUACAAUGAAUUCCUGCUCACCUGCUUCCUCAACGUCUCCAUGCUCUUCCUGCAAUCGCCGGCUAAUCCUGACCUGCUCUACAUCAUUUUCUUCUGUCACACACAAUUGACGGUGACACUUUUAUUGUGUUUAAUAUUCGGCAGCAAGGUUUACAUUGUGCUGCGCAGCGGCAAGUCGCAUCAGGAGUCCAUCGGCAUGGGCGCCAAAUCCUCCGGUGCCAAAUUCAAUUUUCGCCCACAGGUGCGCACCUUUGCUAAUCCCAGUUCGGUCACCACCUCCACCGUUCCUGUGGCGGGCACCACUUCAGGCGACACCAAGCUUUCGGACCAGGAAGCACUUGAAGAGAUCCGACAACUGAGUGUGCAACUACAGCGCAUACAAGAGAUGGCGCCGCCAAAAGGCGUUGCUGUUAUGACAAUCUCCAGCCUCUUAGAUGGACUUAAGACCCCAGGCGGCAUGAUUAUGGUGGCCGCCGCCGCAUCUCAGGCAGCCUCGUCAAACAACCAACUAACUGUGCGCCCAUACAUGCCUGCCGGUGCUGGCGGUAUGUCUGCAAGCAAUGCCGGCGGUGGCGCUCUGCCAUUGCUCUCACUCAAUACCGAAAUGGAGAAGUACAAUCAACAGAUGCAGACAACACACAACAACAAUGUCACAGCUGCAGCGCCCCUCAAUGCGGCUGCUGCGGGCAAUGCUGCUAAGCCGGCGCUAACGAAAACACUAAUGCUGGAGGUGGAGACGAGCACAACCACAAUCGAGGAGUCUUUGUUGGCGCUACGUGAAGACCGCGCCAUCAAUACGGACUUAACGCGCAGCGAGGACUUCCAUCAGCAGGCGCUGGGUUGUGCUCAAGGACACAUCAUUUGCACGCGCUGUUUGGUUAUUUCCAAAGAGCACUACUUCAGCUGCCGGCCAUUCACGCCGCCACAUGGUUUAACGGAUCGCGAUGACGUCAGUGGGAGUAGACGACGCGGUGGCGGUAAUGAAGGUUGUAAACAUGGCGGUGCCACUUGUCAACAGCUCGGUUCGCCACAACCGGAAGGCAGCAUCAGCUUUGCUAAUAUAAAACUGGAAUGCAUGUGUUCGCAGCCAGAUUUGGACCUAGAAGAAGAGUUGGAUGUGCCACCUCGGCGGCGCAUCAAUGUACGCAGCGCAGCCACCAAUACGCCACCCUCCACGAGGGGCAGCAGCAAGCGACGCAGCGGACGCACGAAAAUGUGCAGCCCCAGCUUGCAGGACAUCGGCGCUGAGGGCUUUGGUGCAGACGUAAGCUAUCGUAUAUGUGAUAAUUGUAAAAAUAAGUAUCGUAAUAGCAAUAAGUGUGGCGGUAGAAAGUUCCGAAAAAGUAUCAAGAACGGGCGAAACUCGCGACAGCUGUCGUCCGCAACGGCAGCAGCGGCUACAGUAAUAAAAGCCGGCGAUGAGCGAUUAGCACAAAAGAACAGUUUUGCGGCACGCACUGGUGUAACUCAGACGCGUAGCAAUGACCUCCUUGAUCGCCAAACUACGACAACAACGGUCGUGAAUCAAAGGCAAAAGACACACUCCACGGACGACAUUAUCUUCUACACAACCACCGAUGAGAGCAGCACUGACAGUAAUGACUCCUCAGAUUGCGAGGGCACGGGUAUUCGGCUGCGCAGUCGGCCGCACGAGCUAACCUAUCAGUCGACAUCUGCACUCAGCACUGGUACUGUGAUCGGCGGUUGUGUGACGCUACACAAAGACGAUGUGGCAACUUCGGAAGGCUCCUUGGCGGCAGCGUGUAUCGCAGCAGCGACGAACACUGGCGUAGCGGGUGGAGAAAUUGCUAACAAUACAAUGCAAUCGGCGGGUGAUGUCUCGAACAACUCAACUGCCUCUGCGACAAAUGAAGAACCAAAAGCGGCAGACGGUGGAGAGAACGGCCCGUCUAAUGGUGCUGGGCGCGCCAAGCGACCCGACAAAUUGAUACUGGAUUUGAAUGAUCGUUCCAAGUACACUAAAGAGGUUUCGGUUUAGACUAUUUUGGUUAGAAAUGUAGGUACUCUCGUGUAAUUUUCGUUAGAGAGCGGUUAGCUAGUCAGAUUUUGUACAUAGAAAUGUUAAAAAAGUAGAAAAUAUUUAGUUUUCCUAAGCAACUUAGGUCAAAUGAGAAAAAGUGAAAUGAAUAAGGAUGAAUGGAUGCUUAAAUGCAUAUGCACUCUGACGAUUUGAAAAAGCGCAAAUAUUGUUAUAAUAACGAUGUGCUACUAAGUAGAACGUUAGAGCACAUUAAAUACUCAGUAGUCUGACACAGUAUUAGUUAGGUGUUGAUACCAUGUAUGAAAGUGUAUAUUCAGCCAUAUGAUGGCACUAUUUCCAUUAUACUCGUAUGAUAUAGUUCGACAACUUCUAAAAUAUUAUUAUUAACUCAUAGGUGAUAUUGUAGUGAGAGUAUUCAUAUUUAUUAUUUAGGGACAACUUAAAGGUAAGUACGUUGCUUAAGCCUUGGGUUAUAAGCAGCUGAGUUUCUUCAUUUACAUGUGAGAAAAUUUGCUCUUGAGAAUCCAGCAUCCUUUUCAAUAUUGAGGAACAUCCGUAAUGUAGUAAAAAUAAGCUUUUAGACCAUGAUGUCGCUGUGUUCAGCGCCCUGCUGGACUUUAGAGUUAAUCUGUCAAAAAUCGAAAAUGCAAAAUAAGCAAAGUAUUCGACUAAAGAGAGCGGAUAUGCUUUUGUUAUCAGAGAGUUAUAAAGUCAGGUCGUCAAAAACUUAAGCGACCCAAGUAUGAAACAUUAACUAUUUCAAUUCCAAUUGGUCUCUAGUAGCUGCGGCGUCAAAAAAACUUAACCACAUAAGUUCUAUUCCCGAUAAAAGAAGAGUCAGCUAUUCUUCGUUGACAUGAAGAAGCUCUUUGCUGAACUCAAGGCUUUUAGAGCACUGUGAUUUGUGUAUAAAACUAGUAGAUUUAAGUUAGCUAAUCAGUAUAGAUAGUUUCAAUGCAAAAAUAAAAAAAAGAUAUAUAUUUUUUCUUUACAUAAAUGUUCCGCUCUUUUUCUCUUAUUAAUUACUUCAUAUAAUAAGUCCUUUAACAGUCUCCAGAAAUAGAGCUGGAAUUGCCAAUUUAUAUUUUAUUCAUAUUUCUCUACUUUUAUUGGAAAUGCAUGUAAAUAUCUCGCUUGUAACACUCACUCCCAAUGUGACUCCCAGCACCGCUAACCGCAAACUAUGGCAAUUGAUUCUGCGACAGAAAUGAGCCCUGUGUUGCAAAAUCAAUGCGCCAUGUAUAGGCGUCUAGCGAAUUGCGUUGGAAUGCAUUGGGACUGCAGUGUUUCUAGUAUUUAAAUACUUAAUACUUAGUUGGCAUCAUUUACUAAAGUAGAUGUGUAUGAUUCACACCAUCCACACCAAACAUACGGAUAUUUAUGUAAAUAAAUUAUAAUUGUUAACAUUUUAUUCUUAAUAAAACAUAGAAGAAGAAGGCAUUUUUUACUUUUAAGUAUUGUAUUAAAAAUUCACAUAUCUCUGCCAAAGAAAAUACGAAAAAUAAGUACCAAAAGUAAUUGAAAGUAAUGGAAAGUAUUAUGAAAAUUUGUAAUUACCAAAUAUACUGCAUGAAAGUAGCUCUUAAGCAUUUAUUAUUGUAAAGCAAGAAGUUUGUUGGUCAUUAAAACUAACUGUAUAUAGGCAAAUAAAUAAAUACAUAUGUAAAGCGCA